GUGUAUGUAGGGCAGGCAGGGCACUAUGCGGGUAAGGCGGGCACUGUGUGUAGAGUUUAUAAUAAAGACCCCUGCAGUAGGGUGUAUGGGCCCUAACACUCACAUAGCACAAAGUACCCACACACAUCUACAGCACUGCUGCCUGAGGGCACCUGGGCCCAUUCAGCUAAACAACUAACUGGCACAGCAGGGGGGGGCACAUCCGCUGAUGAUUCUCACACUUGUCUCUGCCCUUUGCCCAGUUUGAUGCCCACAGCACCGGCUAUAUCAGCACCCAGCAGUUCUGGACUCUGUUGCACGUGUCGGAUUUGGACCCACACAAGCUGGACGUGUUACUGGCCCUGGCACACAGCGGCACUGACGAUGAGCAACAAGCGGUCCAACAGCUUCCGGCGCGCCAUUCUCCAGGGGAACCACCAGCUGCGCAAUAAGGCCCUUCUGGAGGAGUCCGGCCUGAGUCUUACCCAGCGCUUCAUCCGCCACAUGGCCUACGAAACGCUGCCCCGCGAGAUUGAUCGCAAGUGGUUCUACGAUAACUAUACUGGGUGCCCCCCACCCUGGUUUAUCAUCACUGUCACAAUAGUGGAGGUUGCUGCCUUUGUUUACUACGGGCUGGUUCUGGACAGAUUUGUGCUGCAGGCCACCCAUCCCCGGUACCUGAGGAAUAACCCGUUAGUGUAUCACCCACAAGUUAGAGUGCAAGCCUGGCGGUAUCUCAGCUACAUGUUCAUGCACGCAGGGAUUGAACAUCUGGGGGUGAAUGUGGCACUGCAGUUGCUGGUUGGGGUGCCAUUAGAGAUGGUGCACGGUGCUGUGCGGAUCAGCUUUGUGUACAUAGCCGGCAUACUGGCAGGGUCCCUGGCUGUGUCAGUGGCAGAUACGAGUGCCCCGGCGGUGGGAGCUUCUGCUGGAGUCUAUGCCCUCCUUUCUGCUCAUUUGGCCAAUAUCGUCAUGAACUGGUCGGGAAUGAAGUGUCAGUUCAAGCUGCUGCGCACGGCGUUUGCUCUGAUCUGCAUGAGCUUUGAAUUCGGACGGGCCGUGUGGUUGAGGCUUUACCCAUCUGCGUAUGCCCCGUGCCCUCACCCCAGUUUUGUGGCGCACCUCGGGGGGGUGCUGGUUGGCAUCACAUUGGGGGUCAUUACCCUUAGGAACUACGAACAACGGCUCCGGGACCAGUCUCUCUGGUGGGUUUUCCUUGCCAUCUACGUUCUCUUUGUGACGUUUGCCGUCCUGUGGAACAUUUGUGCUUCCAGUCUCCUCGGUGUGAGGCUACUACCUGCCCCAAAAGUGCCCCUGUGAGUGCCCCCCAGACUGACAUUGCCAGGCAUUGGCCCCAGAUAUGGACAGAACUUAUUGGCCAAAUGAGCAGCCUCUCUCUGUGCACCUUGCGUCUGUUUAGAGAGACUCUGGGGGUGGAGUUACAUCUGAUUGGUUCCUGCAGGCACAGGUAUAUACAUACGCCUCACACAGGUGGGAGGAGUUACAUUUCAUUGGUUUCAGCAGGUAAGGGUAUAUACAGUGGAGGAAAUAAUGAUUUGA